UGGGGCUGGGAGCAGGAAGUGCACGUCACUGACACGGGAAUGGGACGAAAGGAAGACAACACCACCAUGAUGAAGAGAAUGUCAAACCCGCUUCGUGUAGGAAGCAGAACUAAUUGAAUUCCAAGCUUCAACUCAGAGAAAAAAAAAAAAAAAAAAAAAAGGAUGAACUGUGUCCGAGCUGGAACUGAGGCAUCAGGAAGGGUAACGGCGUGUUGCUAAAUGGAGUCGGAGCAGCUGUACCACAGAGGCUACUGCAGGAACAGCUACAACAGCAUCGCCAGCGCCAGCAGCGACGAGGAGCUGCUGGAUGGAGCCGGCGUCAUCAUGGACUUCCACACCACCGAGGACGAUAACCUGCUCGACGGGGACGCUGCCUCCCCAGGGUCUAACUACGCCAUGACUAAUGGAGGCGGGGCUGCCAGCAGUUCCACACACUUGCUGGACUUCCUGGAGGAGCCCAUUCCCGGUGUGGGCACCUACGAUGACUUCCACACCAUCGACUGGGUCCGCGAGAAGUGCAAGGAUCGGGAGAGACACCGAAAGAUCAAUAGCAAGAAAAAAGAGUCGGCAUGGGAAUUCACCAAGAGCCUGUAUGAUGCUUGGUCCGGUUGGCUGGUUGUGACGCUCACUGGCUUGGCAUCGGGCGCUUUGGCCGGCCUGAUCGACAUUGCCGCCGACUGGAUGAAUGACCUGAAGGAGGGCGUGUGUCUGAGCGCCAUGUGGUUCAACCACGAGCAGUGCUGCUGGACGUCCAACGAGACCACCUUCGCUGAGCGGGACAAGUGUCCUCAGUGGAAGAGCUGGGCUGAGCUAAUACUGGGGCAGGCUGAGGGCCCCGGCUCAUACAUCAUGAACUACUUCAUGUACAUCUACUGGGCUCUGUCCUUCGCCUUCCUGGCUGUCUGUCUGGUCAAAGUGUUCGCACCGUACGCCUGCGGCUCAGGGAUUCCUGAGAUCAAGACAAUCCUGAGUGGGUUCAUCAUCCGAGGCUACUUGGGCAAGUGGACCCUGAUGAUAAAGACCAUCACUCUGGUUCUGGCCGUGGCGUCUGGCCUCAGCCUGGGGAAAGAAGGCCCCCUGGUCCACGUGGCCUGCUGCUGCGGUAACAUCUUCUCCUACCUCUUCCCAAAGUACAGCAAGAACGAGGCUAAGAAGCGAGAGGUUCUGUCUGCAGCCUCAGCUGCCGGUGUGUCUGUUGCUUUUGGAGCACCAAUCGGAGGAGUUCUCUUCAGUUUGGAGGAGGUGAGCUACUACUUUCCUCUGAAGACGCUGUGGCGCUCCUUCUUCGCUGCCCUGGUGGCGGCCUUUGUGCUGCGCUCCAUCAACCCGUUUGGUAACAGCCGCCUGGUACUGUUCUACGUGGAGUACCACACGCCGUGGUACCUCUUUGAGCUCAUUCCUUUCAUACUGCUGGGUGUGUUUGGGGGGCUCUGGGGAGCCUUCUUCAUCCGCGCCAACAUCGCCUGGUGCCGGCGGCGCAAGUUGACCCGCUUCGGGAAGUACCCGGUGCUGGAGGUGAUCCUGGUGGCGGCCAUCACGGCGGUGGUCGCGUUCCCAAACCCUUACACGCGCCAGAACACCAGCGAGCUGAUCAAGGAGCUGUUCACAGACUGCGGCCCGCUGGAGUCCUCUCAGCUCUGCCAGUACCGCAGCCAGAUGAACGGCAGCAGAGCUUUCACCGACGACCCCAACCGGCCGGCGGAGCCCGGCGUCUACUCCGCCAUGUGGCAGCUCUGCCUGGCACUCAUCUUCAAAAUCAUCAUGACUAUAUUCACGUUUGGACUGAAGGUACCGUCUGGUCUGUUCAUCCCCAGCAUGGCCAUCGGUGCCAUCGCUGGGCGGAUCGUCGGCAUCGCCAUGGAGCAGCUGGCCUACUACCACCACGACUGGUUCUUGUUCAAAGAGUGGUGUGAGGUGGGGGCCGACUGCAUCACUCCUGGGCUCUACGCCAUGGUGGGGGCUGCAGCCUGUCUGGGUGGUGUGACUCGUAUGACGGUCUCCCUGGUGGUCAUCGUGUUCGAGCUGACCGGCGGUUUGGAGUACAUCGUUCCCCUCAUGGCUGCCGUCAUGACCAGCAAAUGGGUCGGCGACGCCUUCGGCCGCGAGGGGAUCUACGAGGCCCACAUCCGUCUGAACGGCUACCCCUUCCUGGACGCCAAAGAGGAGUUCACGCACACCACACUGGCCAGAGACGUGAUGAGACCCCGGAGCAGYGACCCGCCGCUGGCCGUGCUGACGCAGGACGACCUGACGGUGGAGGAGCUGCAGGCCGUCAUCAACGAAACCAGUUAUAAUGGUUUCCCUGUAAUCGUGUCCAAGGAGUCRCAGAGACUGGUGGGCUUUGCUCUGCGAAGGGACAUAACUAUUGCUAUAGAAAAUGCUCGCCGCAAACAGGAGGGCAUCAUGUUGAACUCCAGGGUGUACUUCACCCAGCACGCUCCCACCCUGCCGGCYGACAGCCCUCGACCCCUCAAGCUGCGCUCCAUCCUAGACAUGAGCCCCUUUACCGUCACAGACCACACCCCUAUGGAGAUCGUGGUGGACAUUUUCAGAAAGCUGGGGCUGCGCCAGUGUCUGGUCACCCACAACGGGAUUGUGUUGGGCAUCAUCACAAAGAAGAAUAUAUUAGAGCAUCUGGAGGAGCUCAAGCAGCACACGGAGCCCCUGGCGCCUUCUUGGUAUUAUCACAAAAAAAGAUAUCCUCCGUCACAUGGCUCAAACGGCAAACCAAGAUCCAGAGUCCAUCAUGUUCAACUGAUCCGCUCCUUCCAGGAGAGYGUGGAGGAGGGAGGAGACAACAGCGAGGAGGAGGGGGUGUGCCUCCUGAACGGCUCCAGUCUAUGACGAACGGACCCCCCCGUUAGGUUUCAGUUUCUUCUCUUUAUGUUUUAGUGUUCAGUUUUGUGGACCCUGAACCUCACUGACUGACCGUGGCCCUCAGAGACUUAUCGGCCACGAGUAGACAGGAAAAAAGAUGAUGAAAGACUUUUUAUCAUCAUCCGGCUGCUGAGGACACACAGAAAGGUCAAGUGUUGACGACACACACACACAGGAGGGACGCACUGUCUACACACUAACACACACUUUUGCACUUGCAGACACUUCAUACAUGCAUGUUACCCUCACACACACACACACACACACACACACACACACUCACACACACACACACCCUCCUGACCUGUAAAGCUUCACCCAUUUGCACUCUUUGUUGUGCCUCACCUGACGGGAGGUCAAAGGUCAGAAUGAACCGCUAACGAAGGACGCGAUGAAGAACCUCAACACCUCCAGGUUCCCUCACCCACACACACACACACACACACACACACACACACACACACCUCUGACCUGUCCGUCCUCUGGAAAACCACUAUGUUUACCUGUGAAUAAUGUGUGUGAAUGAGUGUGUGUCUGUGGCGCUCUGACAUUCCAGGCAGGUUACCACUGGGAAUGGAGAGGACGAUCACCUGGUCCUGACACACAGCCUCUCCCCCAGGUGUGUGUGUGCGUGCGUGUGUGUGUGUGUGUGUGUGCGUGUGUGAUACGGAGAGGUACUGAAGUAGAGUUGGUACUGUAUUUCAAGAACAAAUAAGUUCUCUCUCUAAUGGAAAGAAGUUAAAGUGUGUUUUCAUUUUUGAGCCAAUUUCAGGUGUGUGUGUGUGUGUGUGUGUGUGUGUGUGUGUGUGUGUGUGUGUGUGGUCCGUUUAAUAUGAAGGCAACUAAAAACAGUUUUUAAAAUCUUGCCCAGGUUCAGUUCUACUGUCAAACAAAACCAUUCUUGUCGGUCUCAAACUCGUUCCUCCCUCUGUAAUAAUCUCGCCUUGACUUUAUAUUUAAAACACUUGAUYUGUGAUUUUGUUGAAAAUAUCAGUGUUAAACUUUUUUCCUCUCUUUCUUCAAAAGACUCCCAAAACUCAGAUGCUUGGACUGUUACCUUUUAUUUCCUAAAGUCUGUUUUUAUUUUGUGAUUCUGUUAUCGUGACGCCUUCACUUUGGUUUUAGUUGAUCAGAGAACAAGAUCAGAGGCGAGGAUAAAGUGACACUUUAUUGUUUUCAAGUCCAAGUUUUACAUUUGAAAAAGAAAAAAAAAGAUUUAAUCUGCUGGGUUUGAGCCACAAUACAAAAUACGUCCUUUGACUGAUCACACAACAAAUGCUCUUUAAUCUAAAGGUUAUUAGUCAUUACACUGCUUUUAAUGAAAUUAUAUGAAAUACUAAGUCUGCUAAAUUAACUAUAUUUAAUGUAGUUAUUGAUUAUUUUUGCCAAUAAUUAGGCGAGUUUUGCAAAAACCUGCGCAGCCAACAGGAUAAAUGUUGGAGUGAUUUAAAUCAGGUCAGGUACCCAGAUGUUUGACCCUAAACUCGUUCUGUUUGAUCCUCUAAGUGUAGUUUAAGAGCCUGAAACAUCUGGAAAAGAAAAAUCAUUUUUCCUGCAGUUCUGGAAGGAAAACAGAACUCCCGUUUGGAAACGUUCAGGCUGAUUCUAAAAAACAAAAAGUUUAAUCCCAACAUGCUGCUGAUGAAGAUUUUCAGGUCUUUAGUCUUUUCUGCACAUUUUUUUUUUUGCUUUAUCAUCUCAAAUUUGACUAAUUCAAUGAAAAUGAUGAAGAGCAAUGAGGCAACUUGUCAGGCGAGGGGGAGAGAAGCUGUAGCAUCUUUAUCAACUGUGUGUGUGUGUGUGUGUGUGUGUGUGUGUGUGUGUGUGUGAGGGGUGAUUGUCGUCCUUGCGUUGCGGUGACUGUCCUGCAGUUGGACAGGAAGCAGAGCAUCAUCGUGGUGUUGCCUAACGUCGUGUUUCCAACCGAUCUCGGUGUUUUUUCUCCUUUACUUUCUGAUUUAUGGGUAGUGUCAAUACAGUUGUGAAUUAUUAUUAUUAUUAUUAUGAAGAAUUUUAUGUAUGAUUACAUUGUUUGAUUGUACAUUUAAAAAGAGAAUAUGUAAAGAAAAAUGUUUUAAAUUAAAAGGAGAAAAUCUUCAAGUUGCA